AUGGCUGCAAAACUUGAAGGUGGAGCUUAUCUCUCUUCUUUUGUUUAUGCUAUUUCAAAGAAGCUGUCUUCAAUACUUGAAGAUGACUCUAUCCUCGAAGAUGACUACUCUACUCAGAAGUUGCUUGAAAAGUUGGAUGAUUAUCUGUAUGAUGUUGAACCUGUGCUUGAUGAUGCUGAGCUGAAGCAGUUCGGUAACGAUAGAGUGAAGAAGUGGCUUGUUGAUCUCCAAGAUGCUCUCUAUAUGGCUGAUGACUUCCUCGAUGAACUCUCCACUAAAGCUGCCACUGCCACUCCAGAGUGCCAAGUUGGACACAUCAUGGAGACUUCCAUCCACGUCUCUCUCGUUGUUAGUUCUGACAUAUUUGGUCGGGACGAAGACACGAAGAACAUAAUCAAAUUGCUGUUAGAUGAUACCUGUGAUGCUGAAUCACUUGUGACUGUGAUUCCCAUUGUAGGUAUGGGUGGGAUAGGAAAAACUACUUUGGCUCAAUUGGUUUACAAUGAUGCCAAAGUCAUGGGAAAAUUUGACACUAGAGCAUGGGUGUGUGUUGCUGAAAAUCCUGACCCUCUCCAUGUUACAAGGACAAUAAUAGGGGCAAUAGAUUCUUCUCCCCGUGACCAGGAUAAUUUUAAUUUACUUCAGACUAAUCUGAAGGAAAAAUUGACAGGAAAGACCUUCUUGGUUGUUUUAGAUGAUGUCUGGCAUGAUCAACGAGACAUGUGGGAAGAUUUCCUAAAACCUUUUCGCUAUGGGAAUAAUGGGAGUAAGAUUCUCCUAACAACCCGUAACAAAAACGUUGCUUCUGUGUUCGCACCUAUCAAUCUACAUUAUGGACUAAGUUUACUGUCAAAUGAAGAUUGUUGGUCGGUGUUUUUGAAGCAUUCAACUAUUUCUACUAAUUCUAAACAAUAUACAACUCUAGAAAUAAUUGGUAGAAAAAUUGUUGAAAAGUGUAAAGGAUUACCUUUGGCAGUGAAGACACUUGGAGGUUUAUUGCGCAACAAGCAUAAUGAAGGGGAUUGGGAGAAUGUACUUAAAAGUAAAAUUUGGGAACUCUCCAACAGUAAAAUUGUUCCUGCAUUAAGAGUCAGUUAUCAUUACCUCCCUUCAUAUUUAAAGCGAUGUUUCGUUUAUUGCUCUUUAUAUCCCGAGGAUUAUGAAUUUGACAAAGACGAAUUAAUCCUGUUAUGGAUGGCUGAAAAUCUUUUACAACCAAACGAAAACAACACAUUAAAAAAUACUGGUUGUGCAUAUUUUGAUGAAUUAGUUGCAAGGUCAUUUUUUCAACCAUCUAAUAGUGAGAGAGGGUUAUAUGUAAUGCAUGAUCUCAUGCAUGAUCUAGCAACGUUCUUUGCUGGGAAAUUCUAUUUCAAACUCGAGGGAUCUGAGAAUCUACACGGGGUAGAUAGCAAAAUUCGUCAUUUGUCCUUUUCUUCAAGAUCUUGGGGUAUUAUCACGUCAUUUGGAGAGGCCUGUAAGAGAGCAGUACACUUGAGAACAGCUUUAGAUUUUUCUUCGUAUCGAUCAAUUGAUGUUGAAGGCAAACCCUGGCUGUUACAACAACAAUUGAGAGUUUUGUCAUUUCCUAUAAAUUCAUUGCCUGAAUCAAUAGGUGAAAUGAUUUAUUUGCGUUAUUUAAAUCUGUCUAAAGUAUGGAUUGUGACAUUGCCAGAGUCAAUAUGUAAAUUAUACAAUCUCCAAACUUUGAUAUUGAGGAAAUGUGAUGGCUUAAAGAUGCUUCCCAGCCGCUUGCAAGAUCUUGUGAACCUACAACACCUUGAUAUUCGAGGUGUUUCUUGUCUGAAAGAGAUGCCGAAGAAAAUGAGCAAGCUAAAGCAUCUAAACUUCUUAAGUUAUUAUAUCAUCAGCGAGCAUGAAGAGAAUGGAAUAAGAGAAUUGGGAACACUGGACAAUCUUCACGGCUCAUUUCACAUUCGCAACUUGGAGAAGAUCAAGAAUAGUGAUGAAGCUUUGGAGGCAAAGAUGGGUAACAAGAAGUACAUCAAUACUUUGAAACUGGAAUGGCUUCCAGGAACUUACACGGAUGAUGUCAAAACUGAAAGGCAUAUACUUGAGGGGUUACAACCUCAUGAAAACUUGAAAGAAAUAUCAAUUAAGGGUUAUCGGGGUGAAACAUUCCCAGAUUGGUUAAGCCUUUCUCCUACUCCAAUAUGACCAAAUUGAGUCUGAAUGAUUGUGAGAAUUGUUGUGAGCUUCCUUCGCUGGGACAGUUACCCUCUUUACAGCAUCUGAAGUUUUCUCAACUUCAUGGGGUGGAGAAAAUUGAUUUGGCGUUUUACAACAAUAGUGGAUCGUUUGAGCAGGAGACACCUUUCAAAUCUCUUAAAACUCUAGAAAUUUGGCACAUGAAGCAUUGGCGGGAGUGGAAUUUUCCUGAUGAGUUUGAUGGUUUUCCAAAACUUAGAAAGCUUUCAGUGAGAGACUGUUGGAAGUUAAGAGGAAGUCUGCCUGCUCACCUUCCGGCUCUGGAGGAACUUUGCAUUUUUAAUUGUUCAGGGCUUGUAUGUUCGCUGCCGAGGGCUCCCAAGAUUCAACAAUUACACGUUUACAGUAAUCCGGUACUAUCACAAUCGCGCACGUUAGAAAUUUCAGAAACCCAGCUGGCGCAACCCCUGUUGGAGUGGGUCCCCCACCUGCAAUCGCUACGUGCGGAAUGUCUGGAAAUCUUUAGAUGUCAGUCGCUGAAAUCAAUUUCAGCAGAUUAUUUGCCGGCUUAACUAACGGAGAUACGUGUACGGGAGUGUGAUUCACUGUCGUCGGUUCAAUUGGGGCCCCUUCCAAAUAUCAAGAAAUUGACAAUUGCUCACUGCCCAAGCAUGGAAUGUGUUGACUUGCCACAGGCUCUUCCAGGUCUCCGUUAUCUACUGAUCACAGGGUGCCCCAGUCUAGUAUCCUUGCCGGCACUAGGGUUGGCUGCGCCCCACCUGGAGGAGCUGCAUCUAUGGGAUUGCCCAGAAAUCGAUUGUUUUGCUGACCAGUGCCUCCCGGCGAGUUUGAAAACUCUUAAAGUCGUGCAAUGCGAGAAACUAGCGAGGUGGAUGACAUCAAAGGGUUUGCAGAGUCAAGGCCUUACCCGUCUUUAUAUUUGUGAAUGGUUUCAUGUAAAGUCGUUCCCAAGUGAGGGUUGGCUCCCUGCUUCUCUUGAGUAUUUAGAAUUGUGGGAAUUUCCAGAUCUGGAGACGCUUGAUUGCAAGGGGCUUCACCAUCUUGUCCGCCUCAAACAUUUACAAAUUGGUGACUGUGAAAAGCUUGCCAAUAUCACCCAAGAAUGUUUACUUCCCUCCAUAGCAAAUAUCCGCAUGGGGACAAAAUGUCCUUUGAGUCGUAAGCUGAAAGAGAUGGAAGACCUACGGAAUCGUUUUGAUACUUUCCACGACUACGCAGGCCAUGAACAUGAUUCCAAUCUCGAGUGAUUCUGAUUUUACACCAAUGAAUGUGCAAUGAGAGCGGUCACAGGCUACAGUUGGGGAAGAUUGAAGAGUCAACAUUAACACAUGGCUGAGGCAACGUGAGAAUUUGGGUGCACUGAGGUUUAUGAAUGGAGCAACUUAAAGAAUUUGCUUCUGCUGCAAAGAAAGCAAAUAAUCAAGGUAUUGCGCUUCCUUGAGACCCUGAAAGCAGUAUGAUUUCUUCCCUGAAACUGUUGAAUCUAUGAUGGGCACUGCUAGCAUGUGUAACACAUAAAAGCUGGUAGCAUAUUCUGUGGCUUUUCAUCAAUAAAAAUCCUCUGCCAGUGAACACCAACAAAUGAAGGAAAACUUCUUGAAUCCUCAAGGAGGAAGAGCUUUUUUUCCAUGUAAAUCUUGAACCAUUCAAGUGAUUCUGGGAUAGGUAAAAAGUAAUGCGGUCUGCACGAAUAAAAGGCAAAGGUGAUAUCUGGGGGCAUAAAUUUCUUUCUGAUAGGAGAUGGAAUUGAUGUUCCAACAUCUUCAAGAGUACUCUUGGAUUUCAUCAAGCUAACCUUAUAUUCAACCAGAGUAACUUUAAUUGAUCUAUGGCUGAACUCACAAAUGGAACAUCAAAGUGGAUCAUCCAUAUAUACGUGCUAUGUCUCUUCUCAUUCUGCUGUUUCAAUGGAAGCCGAAAAACAAACUUCUGUGUCUGAGGUUUCGCUUUUGCUUCGUGUAAGUAAAAGUCAUUGAAAUGCUCAUUGUGUAGCUGAUUUGGUGGAGAGGGUCAGUGAAUAGAGGUCAUUUUUAUUAUAUCUUUUUCAAAUUUGUCCCGCUAUCAAUGUCUGCCUUGAAUUUGAUAACUAAUUGAAAUCCAGUCCAAAUUUUACAUUGUAUUAUCCUUUUUAUAAUGUUACCUGUUUUUAGACCGUUUUUUAUGUUUAGAUGAGAAGAUGAUUGUAUCUACCAUGAGACAGUUAACCUUUGAAGGCUGAGGUUUCUUGUAGCAGAGUACUUUGGAUAGGUCUCUGAGUGUUUGGAUUUUUUUUUCUCUCCUCACUUUUUAUUUAUGGUGUAAAUUUGUUUGCUUUAUAUAUACCUAUUAUAUCCAUAGGAACUAUAUUAUCAACAUGAAUAAACACUUGUUAUUUUGUCUAAA